UUCUUCUUCCUGUCGUCUGUCGUUCUGUAAAAUUUGUAGAACUAUUUACGCAAAACUCUAAGCUGGAAAGAAAAUCUUCAAAAAAGCUAUCAAAUCAGAUUCAUAUAGAACUUCGAUGGCCGGAGACAAGAAACGUCGUUCUCGGUCCCCGCGAGAACGAAUAAUUGAUCUGGAUAGAGAUCGAGCAAGAGACCGCGACAGAUACCGAGAACGUGAAUACCAAAACGACCGAGAGCGGGACCGGGACCGAGAUCGGGAUCGAUAUGACCGUGAGCGUGAACGAGACCGGGAUAGAGACCGAGACCGUGGAGGAGCAUUUGCUACUAAUAGGGAACGGCCUGUAGAAAAUUUGCCCAAGCGGCGAAUGUCUGGAGAAUGGAGCCGAGACAAAAAGAAGAAAAAGGAUGAUACCGAGCGAAAGGAAGAUCCUGAGGUUAUAGAAGAAGUUAAACCGGAUGUGAAAAAGGAGCCACCUGUUAAUAAGAAAGAACCACUCUCGCUAGAAGAGUUGCUGGCUAAAAAGAAAGCAGAAGAGGAAGCCCGAAGUAAGCCAGUAUUUAUUUCAAAAGAACAACGUGCCGCUGAAGCAUUGAAACGACGCCAGGAAGAAGUCGCCGCCAUGCGUGCCGCAAGUGCAAACUCUGUAGCAAAGUUCGGAGACAUUCCGGUUUCUGUUUUAUUGAAUAGAGAAAAGAAGGACGUUUUGGAGAAGUAUGACCGUAGGGAGAGGGAACGGGAACGAGAACGAGAGCGAGAGCGUGAAAAAGCACGGGACAGAGAUCGGGAUGGAAAAGAAAAAGAUCGUGGACAGGACGAUGACAAAAGACGUUCAAAUACAGAAGAUCCAAAUACUAAGGAUAAGGAAAAGGAGCAGGAAGCAAUUCGCGAGCGUUAUUUGGGUAUUAUCAAAAAGAAAAGGCGAGUCCGACGGUUGAAUGAUAGGAAGUUCGUAUUCGAUUGGGAUGCUGCUGAAGAUACGUCGGUUGAUUAUAACAAUCUCUAUAAAGAAAGGCAUCAUGUUCAAUUCUUCGGUCGUGGCAAUAUUGCUGGAAUCGAUAUUAAAGAUCAAAAAAAGAAGCAAAGCAAAUUUUAUGGAGAUCUUUUAGAAAAACGCCGAACUGAUGCUGAAAAGGAACAAGAAAAAGUCCGCUUAAAAAAGGUAAAAAAGAAGGAAGAAAAACAGAAAUGGGAUGACCGUCACUGGUCUGAAAAAGACUGCGAUGAAAUGACCGAGCGAGACUGGCGCAUUUUUCGCGAGGAUUACAACAUUACAAUAAAAGGUGGAAAAAUUCCAAAUCCAUUCAGAAACUGGAAAGAAUCCGGUUUUCCUAAAGAAAUCUUGGAUAUUAUCGACAAAGUUGGUUAUAAGGAACCCACACCCAUCCAGCGACAAGCUAUCCCGAUCGGUUUGCAAAAUAGGGAUAUCAUUGGUAUCGCCGAAACCGGUUCCGGUAAAACAUUAGCUUUCUUAAUUCCUUUGCUAACCUGGAUUCAGUCGCUGCCCAAAAUAGACCGAUUGGAAACAGCUGAUCAAGGACCAUAUGCAAUUAUUUUGGCUCCUACAAGAGAGUUGGCUCAACAGAUCGAAGAAGAAACACAGAAAUUUGGUCAACCGCUUGGCAUACGAACGGUUGUGGUGGUCGGUGGUUUGUCUCGAGAGGAACAAGGGUUCCGACUUCGAUUAGGUUGUGAAAUUGUUAUUGCCACUCCUGGUCGACUGAUUGAUGUUCUAGAGAAUCGCUAUCUUGUGCUUAAUCAAUGCACAUACAUCGUUUUGGAUGAAGCAGAUCGUAUGAUAGAUAUGGGUUUCGAACCGGACGUUCAAAAAAUUCUUGAAUACAUGCCGGUAACUAAUCUAAAGCCGGACACCGAAGAAGCUGAAGAUGCAUCAAAAUUAAUGGCUAAUUUCAAUACAAAGAAGAAAUAUCGACAAACCGUCAUGUUUACAGCUACGAUGCCGCCGGCAGUUGAACGUUUAGCCAGAACCUAUCUGCGAAGACCGGCAACGGUAUAUAUUGGUUCCGUCGGACGGCCUACGGAACGAACAGAACAAAUAGUCCAUAUCAUGACUGAGAACGAGAAGCGUAAGAAGUUGAUGGAAAUUCUUUCUCGUGGUGUCGAACCUCCUUGCAUCAUUUUUGUCAACCAGAAAAAGGGUGCCGAUGUUCUGGCUAAGGGUCUCGAGAAGCUCGGUUAUAAUGCAUGCACACUACACGGCGGCAAAGGUCAAGAACAGCGAGAGUACGCCUUGGCUUCGCUUAAAAACGGUUCCAAAGACAUUUUGGUCGCGACAGAUGUUGCUGGACGUGGUAUCGAUAUCAAGGAUGUCUCACUGGUCAUCAAUUACGAUAUGGCUAAAACGAUUGAAGAUUACACUCAUCGUAUUGGUCGCACGGGCCGUGCUGGAAAAACCGGAUGUGCUAUUUCAUUCUGUACGAAAGACGAUAGCCAUCUAUUCUAUGAUCUGAAGCAGAUCAUUAUGGCCAGCCCGGUGUCUGUAUGUCCUCCGGAAUUAAUGAAUCAUGCCGAUGCGCAGCAUAAGCCCGGCACAGUUGUUACCAAGAAACGAAGAGAGGAAAAAAUAUUUGCGUAGAGCAAUAUUGGUUUAGCACGUCUUCUAUGUUCUAGCAUUUGAAAUAUUGAAACAU